AUGUCGACGUCGGAAAGCCUCCCGCCCGCGGCGCUCGCGAGCGGCUCCUCAGCAGAGGCGCAAGCUGCAGCAUUCGCCGACGACCCCCGCGUCCACUUCGAUCGCACCGCCGGAACGUGGAGGUUCGAGCAGGACGAUGGUACGGAGCUCGAGUACGAUGACGAGAAGGGCGCAUGGGUCCCGCUGCUGGAUGAGGACCUCGUGAAAGCGCAGCAAGCAGCAUACUCAAUCGCUGGUGUAGACGAGGAGACACCUGCAGCACCUGUCCUCAAGCGCCUGAAGAAGAAGCGCAAGGCCGAGGACGUGAACUACACCGGCGCAAAGCGCAACAAAAACGACGACGCGUCCACAUCCAACAACGGCGCGUCAUCCUCGUCGUCCUCUGCCCCGGCCGCCGCGCCCGCGCCCGCGGCACCGCCCGAGCGCAAGUCCAAGAACACCGCGGUGUACGUGACGGGCCUGCCCGCGGACGCAGACCUGGACGAGGUCGCCGCGCGCUUCGGCAAGUUCGGGCUGAUUGAGGAGGACGACGAGGGGAGCCCGAAGGUGAAGCUGUACGCGCGCGACGACGGCUCGUUCUCGGGCGACGCGCUCGUCGUGUACUUCAAGGAGGAGAGCGUGUCGCUCGCGAUCACGAUGCUCGACGAUGCGGAGCUGCGCGUCGGCGAACCCAAUACGCGCAUGAGCGUGCGCCGCGCGGAGUUUGGGCACAAGCACGAGCAGGGCCCGGCUGGGGGCGCAGGGGGCGGCGAGGCGCGCCCGCGCAAGACGGUGCAUGACAAGAAGCGCGCGACGCGGAGGAUCGGGAAGAUGCAGAAGAAGCUGGGCGAGUGGGACGACGAGGAUGGGUUCGGGCCUUCGAUUUCGGAGGAGGACAAGCUCAAGGAGAUGAACAAGCACGGACGCGUGGUGGUCCUGAAGUACAUGUUCACGCUCAAGGAGCUAGAGGAAGACAGCGCGCUGCUGCUCGAUCUCAAGGAGGAAGUGCGAGAAGAGUGCGAGACGCUAGGUGAAGUGACCAACGUUGUAUUAUACGAUGAGGAGCCAGAUGGUAUCAUGACCGUCAAGUUCAAGGAUGCGCUUAGCGCGCAGGCAUGUGUGUUGAAAAUGAACGGUCGAUUCUUUGCGGGUCGUCGGGUAGAGGCCUCGCUAUACGCAGGACGACAGCGGUUCAGACGGAGCGGCUUCGGCGACGCUGCCGCAGGGGGCGACGAGAACGAGAAGAACCGAUUGGACGAGUUCGCGAAGUGGCUCAUGGAGCAAGGAGAGUCGUGA